CGGGUCGAGCUGACUCUCCGCCGCCCGGAGCUCCAGACUUCGGAUUCCCACCGUUCACCGGGAGUUGGAGCCUCUUCACGCCGCUGUCAGCGCUUCCUCUCCGGGCUCUAUAUUCUCUCUCCGGGUGGAGGCAUCGAUCAGCUGGAGCUUUUAUUACCGGACAGAUGUUGGAUGGAUUCUCUCUCUCUUUUUCUUUUUGGUGCUUUUGGUGCGUAAAACUUUGCCACAUCGGUUAGAGGACGAGCCGGAGUUUGUGGGAAUACGGAGCGGGAUCGGGAGCGUGAGGAGAGGGUUGUUUGGUCCGAUGCGUCCGGAGCGGCCGGUUGAAGAACAGCGGGGAACGACCGAGAGAGAGGCGGAGGACAGAGCGGGGUCACCGGCUGCUGCACGUACAUGUCUCCGCUCCCCACCGGCACCGAGGUUUCUACUUCCUGUGACAUCAUCGCACCAUGCCUGAGGGGUCACGGCGCGGCAGCCAGAGAUCGCCUAGCAACACAGCCGCCAAGCGUCCCUCCUCAGUCUCGUCUCUGAGUGGGAUUGUGGGUAGGAUGAUGUCGUCCGGCGAGCGAGGAGCCUCGUCCUCCUCCUGCACCUCCGUCAACACAGUCUGCUCGGACGGCGAGCGCCCCGCCUCCCUCUCCCUCUCCUCCUCUGCGUCAUCCGUCUCCCUGCAGGACACUUCCCACUCCUCCUCUUCCUCCUCCUCCUCUUCCUCUCUGCCCUACGGCGCCGUGCCAACGUACAACGCCUCUCUGUCGGCAUCCUCCACGCCGAAGAGGAACGGCUCGGACAUCAGCCUGGACCUCACGCCCCUCGUCACACCACACGGAGGAGGAGGAGGAGUUCCUGGAGGAGGAGGAGGAGGAGUUUGUGUUGCCAAGGCGACAGAUGGAGGUCACCCCCCAAAUGGACAUGUAGCUGAUGCGGCGGCGGCGGCAGCGGCGGCAGUGGCCACGCCCAGAAGACAGCUUUCCCGAAUGGAUCGAGUCAUGAUGGAGAUCGUAGAGACGGAACAGGCCUACGUCAGAGAUCUGAAGAGCAUCGUGGAGGAUUAUCUCGGCUGUAUCAUCGACUGCGGCACGCUGCCACUGAAACCGGAGCAGGUCAGCACUCUGUUCUGCAACAUCGAGGACAUCUACGAGUUCAACAGUGACCUCCUGGAGGAUUUAGAGAGGAGUCCUCACGCUGCAGCCAUCGCCGAGUGCUUCGUAGAGAGGAGUGAAGCCUUCGACAUUUACACACUCUACUGCAUGAACUACCCCAAUUCGGUGGCGGUACUGAGGGAAUGUAUGAAGAACAAAAGUCUGGUUUGUUUCUUCCAGGAGAGACAGACGACUCUGAACCAUUCGUUACCUCUGGAGACAUACCUGCUCAAACCGGUGCAGAGGAUCCUCAAAUACCACCUGUUACUACAGGAACUUUCGAAGCACUUUGACAAAAGCGACCCCGGAUAUGAGGUCGUUGAGGACGCCAUCAUCACCAUGACGGCGGUCGCCUGGUACAUCAACGACAUGAAGAGGAAACAGGAACACGCAGUGCGACUGCAGGAAAUUGAGUCCCUGCUGGUGAACUGGAGCGGGCCGGACCUCAGCGGGUUCGGUGAGCUGGUUCUGGAGGGUUCGUUCAAGGUCCACAGGGUGAAGAAGGAGAGAGCCUUCUUCCUGUUCGAUAAGAUGCUGCUGAUCGCCAAGAAGAGGCUGGAGCAGUUUGUCUACAGCACGCACAUAUUCUGUUGUAAUCUGCUGCUGGUCGAGACGCUGAAGGAUCCUCUGUGUUUCAAAGUGUCAGAUCAGACGAUUCCCAAACAGCAGCACACCGUCCAGACAAAGAACCAGGAGGAGAAGAGACUGUGGGUGCACUACCUCAAGAGACUGAUCGUAGAAAACCAUCCUGCUUCUCUCCCACAGAAGGCGAGGCAGGUCCUGGGAGACAACUUCUGUCAAUCUCCUCAGUUCGACCAGGACAACCUGAAGAAGUCCUCUGCUUCAUCACGAUUGGAUGACAUCCACGGCUAUCACAGAGGCAGACGUCAAUCAGGUCAGGAGCCUCCAGAGCUGCUGAUGUACACACCUGAGAAGUCCAGGAAGGGUUUGCCACUGCUGCUGGAGGGAAACCUGCCGUACAGACGCACCAGGAGACAGUCAGCUCCGGCUAAAGACAUCGAAGCAGUGUUUCACCCCAACGCUCUGAAGCAUGAGCCAGUGAGGUGUAACGUGUCCUCAUUGACUGUGUGUCCGAUGUUGUUCCUGCAGCAGGCCGGCAGCGAGGGCGAGCUGUGCCAGGCCGGCAGUCUGGGCUCCGCGGGCAGCAGCAGCACCCUCGCAUCCUCCGUCAUCGAGGUGGAGGCAGAGAGACCCGAACUGGGCCUGACGCCACAGCUGCGACCAAGCCGAGAGGAAGAGGAGGAAGAGGAAGAGGAGGAGUUGAUCCCCUUAAGCCCUCCUCCCACGCUGUCCAUCACAGAAGAGAUCCUGGAGUUCAUCAACCAGAGCAGAGCCAGAGAGGGACUCAGCGCCAUCCACACUGACACAAUGGAGCAGGUCAUGGAUCAGCCCAGAGAGAGUCAGCCUCCAUCUAACCAGGACAACUUCACCUGCCCACUGCCCCCAGUCGCCUGCCCCUCCAGCCCAGAGCAAAGACCCACAAUGCAACAGGAGCAGGAAAGAGCAGAGAUGGAGAACGACAGCAUCAUCCAAAGUCAGACCGCUGACUCUGGAGAGGAAAAUGGACUUGAAGGUGAAGUCAAAGAAAUUCCAGAUGCAACAAGUCAAGUGGAAAAGGGUGUGGAGGUAGAUGAAGAGACCCAAGGAGAUGUCGUAGAAAAAGAGAAAGCUGAGAAGAAGCCAAGAGAUGAAGAAGAGAGAGAGAGCAUUAUCCCUGCCCCAAUAUCAGAUCUUCAUCCAUCCAUCUCAGCAGAGGAAGGAAGAGAGAACAGCAGUAGUUGUCACAGGGAAGAGGUGAACACUGAGGCCACCACCUCCUCCCUAAAUCCUGAUUCCCUUCAUCCCAUUAAGAAACGCCAGCCACCCACAAGAGGCUCUCACCUCACCAAACGUGACAAGAAGAUCAUCGAAAAGAUCAGGAGUUAUUAUGAGGCGGCAGCCGAGGCCGAAGAGGACGAGGUGAUGGAGGAAGAUGAACAGGGAGAAGGAGCCGCAUUAAGAAGGAGAAACAGUUUCUCACAAAUCCCAUCUGGCUUGGUGAAGGAUUCGGUAUCACGCUUCGAUGUGGGCGGACAGCCUGGGGAGCCAGAGAGCGGUCGUCCUAAGUAUGAAACAACUGAUAGAGAGACUGAUCAAGAGACAGAACCCCAUUCCCCCACUAGUCCAAUCUGUCCCCCAACACCACUCAUAGAAAAUGCAGAGAGUGAAGGACAGCCAGAUAAACAAAUCAGCUCUUUGGAUUCUGAUGCAGAGGGCUCAAGCAAGUCACCAAUCUCUACCGUUAUGCUAGAUAAGGAGACCCCAAACCAAAUGGAUCUGAAUCUGCAGUCGAACUCCAGCAGGCCCGUUGGAGAAGAGGCUGAGAUACAGGACAAACAUGGAAAGGUCUGCAAAGGACCACUGGAAGAAGGGCUGGAGGAAAAGCAGGAGCAGGAGGAAAGUGUUGUGUCUACUGGGCAGCAAGAAGAGGGAGCAUCUAUUACCAAACAGUACAAGUGUAGCAAUGAAGCGACCAAAACCAGUGCUGGAAACCAAGCUGCUAUGAAUGGGCAUGAAGCUAACCAAGCAGGUGUAGCUGAGCCAAAUGGAACUCACAAAGAACCCUCUACACCUCUGCCACCUAAAGAACAAUGUCAGACCAAAACCUCUUGGACUAGAACCAAACACAGAGACCUUGGUAAGACCAGUGUGAAUCUUGACAGUUUUCCCAGUCAGAUAAAAGUGGGUCGGUGGUCCCAUCACUCCAGAAUUGUCUCAGCAAACCGCGAAUUGUUCGAGGGAAUGGGAUCAGACGUAGCCGGUAUCGGGUUUUUUGAGGCCAGCCCUGUGGUGGACCCCUUGCUGAUGGAAAACUCAGAGCGUAUUCUGAGUAAGGUCCAAACAUUGGCCCAGAUGUACAGUGCCAAAGCCAGCACCAUGAAGGUCCCACUGCAUCAGAAGAGGGCCAGCACUGUACGGAACCCAUCAUGGGGUUCAGGUAGACUGUCGGGAUACUCAAAUCACGCCCAAACUAAAAGUCAAGUUCAACCUCAGACCCAAACUGAGUCCCGAGAGCAAACAGAAUUGAAGAACAACCAACACACAGAGACCAAAGUUCAGAACCAAACCGUAACACAGACCAAGCAGCUAUCACAGUCCCAAACUAAAACCCAGACGUGCAGUCAGGAAACGACACAUUACCAAAUCCAGAACCAGACCCUAACCUUGAGCCAGGAGGAUCAAAAGAUCCAGAAGGAGAUGAUAAUAAAGAGAGCAGAGAGUCUGACAAAUGAUUUCCAGGAGCCAGUGGCAGCACUCUGUGAGCCUCUGCUGUUUGGUCACAUGUUUGUCAAAGAGCAACUGACUCCAGCCUGUCAGCACCAGACAAAUGGAUUCACCCUCUCCAGACCCAGGGACUUCAUCACAGCCUUGACCAAAGAAAGAGACCCCAGUGGGGAAAAUCCAUCAUCCAGUCAGGCCCAAGCUAAUAGCUCCAACUCCGGGUACCCCUCUGCUGCCUCAUCCUGGACUUCUACAGCUUCCAUGACCUCAGACUGUAGAGUCACUGAGGUCAAGGACUACAGCUCUACGUCAUCUACAGGGAGAGAUGAAGCCUUGAACCAAAACAGAAAACUUUAUUCAGAUUCUGAAGAGAAGGAGAAAAGAGAGGGGUCGGAGCUGUGUGGUGGAGAUUCAUUUUAUGCCGUUAGGGAAGAUUCAACAUCUGUAAACAUCAUUACCCAGCCAGCACACUCUGAGCCCAAUCUGUUUGCUCACAGCAUACCACAGUGGGAGAUUUCCAAAGAUGGAGAUGAGCACGAUAAAUAUAAGCAGGAUAUACCAGCUGCACAAAAUAUACAAGAUAAAGUUGUAUCAGAAUACAAAAUUUCCACAGGACAUACCGACAAGAAAGACACGUUAACCAAAAAUGUGCAGAGUGUUCAUGCAGGGACUGAAUACUUGGUUUGCCCAGGACCUAUGGAUGGAGGGGCAACCCCAGGGGAGCUGGUACUGAUGGUAGCAUCUACACAGAGCCAGGCUCCAACAGAGUCCCACAGAUCUGCAAUGCCUCACCCAGGACUGGUUGGAGAGCAGGUCCAUGAGGGAACACUUUACAUGGUGGACGGAGUCGCCACAGAUUCUGGAAGGAAAGAUGAACCCCCAAACAAGCAGACAAAACUAAAUGAGACAAAGAAUGAUUUGAAUUACUCUUCAUCACAACCCAGGAUGAUUCUACAAGGAUCAGCAGUAAUCUUUACAGGAGACCCAGCUUGUUACAGAACCCCAGGAGAACUUGUAGUUCCACCAACCCUGAAUCAGCCUUCACACAUGACCUCUGAUCCCUCGCAGGUUUCUAGUCAUACAGUCACAGAAACCCCAGAGGAUCAAAAAGCAUUAGGACGGGCAGCACCGAGUCCCUGGUCAUCAGCUCAAAACUCAAAUCUUACCCGACCUCGCCCUCCAUCGGUGCAGUCUGUAGACUGUCUACCAACAUUCACCAGCCAGAGGCCGCCAGACCUACCCACUACAAUGGGAAAACGGGCUCUGUCUAAUACCAGGAAUACUAACAACACCUCUCCAUGUGAACAUAGGGAACCAGACGAGCAGGGAUCCCCUACCAGCCUGCCCGUUUCAGGCAGUCACUCAUCUUCCAGACCCUCCUUGGAGACAUCCAGCCUGGUGGAGAGACCUAACCCAGCCAGUGCCAUCCAUGGCCAGGACAUAGACCUCACCACCGCUCCCUCAGCCUUCAGACCCAGCCUCAGACACCAUGCCCCUUCUCCUCUUCGAGCUUCUCCUUCCUCUUCCUCCUCCUCUGUCCAAGCACCUCCUUGUUCCUCACCAUUCAGGAUUGUUCCUGGAUCUUCUCCCACCCCUGUAUCAGCUGAAGAUACCUCCCUGAACCCUGUCUCCAGGGCUCUUCCCUGUUUAUCUCCUACUCCUUCCUUUGGGAAGGGUUCCUCAAUGCAAGCUCCCCCUGCUUCCUCUCCUACACCCUCCUCUGCUUUUACUCCCUCUUCCUCUUCUUCUGGGAGAUCUUCAUCCAUAAGAGCAGGUCCUCCUUCGUCCCCUACACCGUCUUCUUCUCUCCGCUCUCCUCCAUGCUCUUCCCCCAUUGCUUCUUCCUCUGCGUUCACCAGAUCCUUAGCCGCCUCCUGUAUCAGCCAGUCCAUCAGUCAGAGUAUUGCGAGAAAGAGCACUGCCCUGCAACAAGCCCCACCCACAAACACAGUACCCCAAAGCCCCUCUUCUCAUCUACGACGGCGCUCCCCUUCACCUAAAAUCCCUCCUAGUAGUCAGCAGGGCUCUGGCACACCUGCGUAUUCCCAACUGGGGUGCACUAAAGAUGGGUACCAACAUCCAAGGUGUCCGCCAUCUUCUCUCUGGUCCUCUUGCCCUUCUCCGUCUCUCAUACAGUCAGCUCCUCCCACUUUUUCCCAACGCUCUCCUUCCCCAUCUUUGAGUCUGGCCCAUCAUCAGCCUCCCCACUCUCCUUCCCCUUCCCCUCGUAUCUCAUUCCUUCACUCCAAAACUGACUCAUCACACAAUGCAAACAACAAUAACAACGUUAGUUUAGCAAGUAGCUGUAGCAGUAACCGUGCCGUCAGUAAUGGGGGUUGGUCAGUUAGUCCCCAGAGGGCGCCAUUAGCGAACGGUAGCAGUAACGCCAUAGUAAUGCAACAGACCCAUGAUACUUUCUGGUCGGGGUCACACAACCGCGUAGCUCGGCCUUUUUCAGCUUCAGAACCCAGCUCACGAGUCCAGUCCCCAUCUCCCUCUCCUACCCCUGCCUCAUUUACUUGCCUCACCUCCCCACCUCCUCAACAUAACUACUCCUCCCCCAUGGCAAACAAACCUCCCAACCCCCGGAGCACACGGGUAGGAUGUGCAAGUUCCCAUAACCCGCUAGGCCUCACUUUGGAGCUACCCAGGGCCUCUUCAGCAGGUUUAGCCUUUGGGCAGUCUUCCACAUGCCUGAGCCCUCGGAUCCUCUCCCCGCCUCCUAUUGGCGUAUCAGUGAAUGUUUGGACAAAUAAUGUUGCAGCACCUCAACCUAGAAACCCUACAUACGCUUCGUGCUCUCCCUCUUCGUCGUUUUCGUCCUCAUUAGGCUCACCAACACUGGAGAAUGCCUCUUUCCCCACUUCCUCUUCUUCUUUGAUCCCACUGCGUAGUUCCAGAGCCUCCUCCCCUUCUACCCCCUGUCCUCCUGCAUCCCAAACAACCUCUCAAACCCUCCGUAGGUCUUUCUCCUCCAAUCUAGCAGACAGACCCCCUAGCCCGGCCCGGAGCAACUCUAGUGGAGCACGGCGCUCAUGGGCAGACAGCAGUCGCAGGUCCCUUGGUUUUAGUGGUAGUGGCCGAGGGUCCUUUGACCAGCAGGAGUCCUGUCCAACCAGUCCAAGGAGCGGAUGGUCCUCAUUCGGCAGCUCACCGUCCUGCCUCAGCCCUCGAGCCGGGCUUCAGUCACCACUCUCACCUAGCAGGCUUACCCCAGGGAAGGGCACCCAUGGGGGGCAGCAUUUCACCAGUGUGCCCUGGCCAGAUGUACGAGAGCUUUCAAACAAAUAUAAUGGAACUGAUGGCCUUGAUACAAGUGCUACUUCCACCAUCAUUGCCUCAUCACCUUGUCCAUCAGACAGCCAGACAGAAUGGGGAGACCCAGAGCUAGAAGAGGGCAGUUGUCGUAGUCAGCUUAUCUGUGCCUAUGUAGCCCGGCCCUCCCGUGAACAAAACCUCACCACCUCAUGUGUGGUUGUCCCUUCCUCAGGCAUGAUCUCCCCUACACUUGCCCCAUACCAGCACCACAAUUACCAAUCCCAAGUAAAAGCACAGUCUCAGGUCCAAAUCGCUGCCACAACACCUCCCAUACCCUCAGUCCCUUCCCCCUUGCCUGCAACCUCAUCGCCACUACCCUUUGCCCAUUCAUCUCCUACCAAACAGGGGAACCAGAAGACCAGUUAUGCUACCACGGUCAACCUCCAGAUAGCUGGAAGUGGCAGAAUAACUUCCUUCAGCACAGCCCAAGUUAGCUUGACCCAAACCCUGCAGGGUGGAGCCGGAGCCGGAGCCGGAGGACCAGGACAGGGGCAGUUGACGAGAAGAGUAAGCAUCAAUGGACUGUCGCACCUUCCUUCCCCUCUUCCUCAGAACUGCAACAGACUAUGAGAGAAAGUGAGAAGUCUUCCUUUUAUGGCUUUACAAGACAAGAAGGGGCCAUGCAGAAAUGUUGACGGAAAGAGAAGAGGUAUUAGAAAAGAUGUGCACUUGAGAAUUUGCCCCAAACACUGAGUGUACAUUGAACCCCUCGAGUCCCCCAUGUAGAAAAUUAUCUUUCUCAAAUCGUUCUUCAACUUGGGAAUAAGGUCACAUCUGAGGGACAUAAUGAAUGUUGUCAAGCCUACUCAACACCGAUUUUAGGACACUCCUAAAGGACUAUAAAUUGAAUCUUGGUGGCUUCUGGAAAAGCUUCAUACCAAAGCAUUAAACAGACGACCUUUCAAGAAUGAAAAUUCUACCUGCACAUGGGCUCGUAUUUUUCAGUCUGGACUAAUGACUUUGAACGGAUGCGAAUGGAAUUCACCCUUAUAUUGUAAAAAAAAUAAAAUAAAAUAAAAAUAAAGGUUAAAAAUGGAAAUGAGCACCCAAAAACCCUGAAUGUCCACAGCUGGAUGAUCCGAUUAUACUCCUGGUCUCACAAUUUAACCGGUUUGAAGUUGCUCAGUUCAUUUUCUGAACUCUGGACUCUUUCUAUGGAUGUGAUGACUUCAUGGAGGAGCUUUUUUAGACACUUUUGUCAAAUUCAAUCUGUAACUUUUAACAUUUAAUGAGUACAUCCAUUUUUGCUAAUUUGGCGGACAUGUUGAAGGUCCAGCAUCCAACCAGUGCUGUAUGCAAUCAAAGUUACUUAAUGUAUUAUUAUUUUUGUUACUAUUUUGUUAAGUUUGUUUGUUGUUUGUUUCUUCUCUUUUUUUUAAUAUUCUGUUGAACAAACAUCAGUGUCUGGCCAUGUGAGGUCAGUGUUUAAGGUUGGUGAUAACUGUGGUUUUUAAUAAUCUUUUUUUAACCAUUUUAUUAUUCGUUUUAUUUUAUUGUUUAUUUAUGAAGUUAGUCUUAUUCUCUUUGGCACUUAUUAUCCUUAAAGUAAUGUCGGUAUUUUGCACAGCGUUCUCAGCUCUUGGGUGCAUGCAUCAAGCAUGAGUGUAUUUGGGUGUGUGAGUGUCUGCUAUGACGUGUCUGGUAAGUUCUCCUUGAACUUCAGACCAAACCAAUAUCUGUGUGUUUUUAAUGCUGUGUUUGAAUUGAUGUACUCAGUUGGUUCAUUGACUCCCUCCUGUUGUCAGUGCCCUUCAGAAACCUUGUAUCUUGGGUUUUCAAAAGUUGUAACAGAAAGUCGACCGGUUGGAAAACGCUGCUUGAUAUUUGCAUACGAUGAAAGGUUUUAACUUCGUAGUAGUUUUGGCAAUACACAUGUGACGUAUCGACUCUUUCAUAUGUUAACAGUUGAUGAUAACCCCAAUGCUUAAUGCUUAUAGUGUUAAUAAAAAAACAGCAGGUCAGUUUACAUGGAAUUUUUAUUCUGGUUUAAUGUCCCUUCACAUUCACACAAUGACUUGCUGAUUAUACACCAGAUUCUGUCAAAGUAUUUUAAAAAAAUAACGUGUUUAAAGAGGGAAAUAGUGUUUUUAAAAUUUCAUGUAAUCUCGCAGUUUUUAAAUGCAAUUAAACACUUUCCUUUAAAAGAAACACAAAUGUUGUUAAACUUGAGGUUGUAAAGUGUCACAAACCAUUUGGAGGUCAAAUAUAAAAAAUAAAUUAAAGAGACGUGUGGUAUCUGCAGGGUGCUGGUGACAAGCUGGAGAGAACAUAAUGUUUUUGGGAGCUGGUAAAAAGGGAAAUAUUAAAUCUUCAUCCAGUAACCUUCAUAGAGUCAUUGAGAUGUACGGAAAAUAAAGGUAUGUGGUGCAAAAUCAAA